UUGGUAGUGUGUCAUAUUUCAGGGAAAGCAGCAGUCACUCAGUGGAACGUACACAAAUAUCCCGACCACUCAGACCCGACUGCCGCAAAAAAAUAUUUUAAAUGGGCCACACAAUGCAGAAAUAUCAUCAGAUGGACUUUGUGUUUUUCUGAAUUUGCCGUUCUAUGACUUCAUUUUGCAAGAUGCCUAAAUCUUCUCUAAGUUAGCCUAUACUUUCCGGGCUUGGGAAAUAAAAAGUUAUAAUAAGAACUAGCAGCUGUUUGUGGGAACUUAUCAUCUUAUUUUGUGGCUUGCAUCAGCUUUAAUUACGUUUCUCUUUCAAGAAAUCCUAAAGAGCAUUGGAAGUCCGCAGUGGAGCCGAAAACAGUUUUGCAUAUCGAAAAAUGGAAGAUGAUCAAAAGAUAUCACAUGUGCCACAGCUCACCUUGGGAAAUACAUACAACGCUUAUCUUUGUCAUAAAAGAAUUUCUAGAAGCUGUCGGGAUAUGCCUGCUGUGAUUUUCAGUUGCACGUUGUCCUUCAUCACUUUGGGAUUUUGCAUAUUAGUAUGUUUGAGAACAUCGGAUUUGCAGUCUCGGGUUUUAAACUUUGAACGGGAGAGAGACACGCACCUCUCAGCCUGGAUCUCACUGGACCAAAUCGAGCCCAUUAUUCUUGGCAGGAUGGAGCAGCUUAUGGAAGAGAAACUGUCUGCUCGCUUACCUAGGAUCCGAGACACACGAGAUGCACCUCAUAGCUGUGUUUGCCCACCAGGCCCUCCUGGAGCAAGGGGAAAGCGAGGUCGCAAUGGGGAUCCAGGACCACCUGGUCCCCCUGGAAGAGCUGGCUUUCCGGGUGACAAAGGAGCAAUGGGAAUGCCUGGAAGAAUGGGCUUACAGGGCAAGCCUGGUGAUAAGGGGACACCUGGGGAACCUGGAAUGUCCAUUAUUGGGCCACGAGGACCUCCCGGUCAGCCAGGAUCAAGAGGUUUUCCUGGAUUUCCAGGUCCAAUAGGUAUGGAUGGAAAGCAAGGCGAAACUGGUCUGAAAGGUGACAUGGGUGCAAAAGGGCCUAAAGGAGAUAAGGGUGACAUUGGGCCAAAAGGUGAAAAGGGUAUAUGUGGAGACUACCCUCAUAGGCUGUUACCUAUCUGGAAAACUGUUCGCUCCUUGUCUCCAUUGACACCUGUUAUCAGAAAACGUUACCAGGGUGAACAGGGGCAGACUGGCAUACAAGGACCUCCAGGUCCACCUGGUCCCCCAGGAACCCCAGGAAAAUCUGGAGAACCUGGACCUCCAGGAAAACCAGGAGAAGAAGGCAGUAGAGGCCCUGCAGGUGAAAGAGGAGAAAAGGGAGAGCGGGGAAUGCCGGGAUUGCCAGGGAAGCUAGGAGUUAAGGGCGACAAAGGAGAGCCUGGCAUACCUGUCAUUGGAAUGAAAGGUGAACCAGGUGUGCAAGGACCUCCAGGGAUUAAGGGUGAACCUGGAGACAUUGGGAAACGUGGGUUACCAGGAAAAGAUGGCCAAAAGGGAGAACCUGGUGUCUCUGGACCAGAAGGGCCAAUUGGACCUAGGGGUCCACCUGGCCUCCAGUAUGAACCAGAAAAGAGUGAUAUAAUAGAUUACAAUGGAAAUGAAAACAAGAACCUGCAGGAAAUAAGAACAUUAACGUUAAUGGGCCCUCCAGGACUGCCAGGUCCUCCUGGUCCUCCAGGGGUUCCAGGAUCUCCUGGUGAAAAGGGUGAAGUUGGUUUGCCUGGUGCACCCGGUCUUGAUGGUGAAAAGGGUCCUCGAGGUAAACCAGGUGAGCAAGGUCUUCCAGGUGCUGAAGGCCCAAAAGGAAGAGAUGGACAGAAAGGAGAAUCUGGAAUAAUAGGACCUCCAGGGUUCAAAGGAGAAAAGGGAGAUACCGGUCAACCAGGUCCUCCAGGUUUGGAUGGUCUUACUGGUGAAAAAGGUGAACCAGGACCAACUGGUAUUGCAGGAACUGCAGGGAUGCCUGGAGUGCCGGGUCAAAAAGGAGAAGAUGGCGAGAAAGGAGAUAUGGGCAGUGGGCUCCCAGGACCACCAGGAAUCGAAGGACCACCAGGCCCCAUGGGUCCUUCAGGAUUUCCAGGUCCAAAGGGUGAACCUGGUGCUGAUGGUGCAAAGGGAAUUAAAGGGGAUCUUGGUGUAAAGGGUGAGAAAGGAGACAGAGGCCCACUUGGACUUCCCGGUGCACAUGGCUUAGACGGCAGGCCUGGCCCAGUGGGAGCACCAGGACCAAUUGGUGUGGCAGGGCUAGCAGGACCAAAAGGAGAGCGGGGUGAUAAAGGAGAUCCAGGAGAAGUAGGACCAAUAGGCCCCCCGGGAAUUCCUGGUUUAAUUGGACCAUCAGGAGAGAAAGGAAGUCGGGGGGAGAGGGGAAAGAAGGGCAACAGGGGGGCCAAAGGGGAUAAGGGAGACCAAGGAGCACCUGGAUUAGAUGCCCCCUGUCCUUUGGGUGAAGAUGGUUUGCCUGUACAAGGAUGCUGGAAUAAAGGCCAAGCACCAUUUCAGCUUGCAAAGAAGUAAAAAAACAAAUGGGAACUGUGGCUGCUUAAGAAGAACUUCCUUAGUAUGAAGGAAUGGAGAUUUUGUGCAGGAUUUCUUUAGUGUAAAGACUGAAUGUCAUCCUGUGUCAUUGAAUGGAAGCUCCAAGGAAUCCCAAUAUCUGCUUCACCCAACUCUCUUCAGCCUGAGCCUCAAAGGAGCCAGUGGAUGCUGCUGGCAAACUAGCUGUCUAGCAGGUCAGAUGGAUUUUGAGAUGGUUGUUUAUUUUACUCAAAUAGAAAGAUUGGAGAUAUAUGACAUUUUGGUCUUGUAAAUAUUUGUUUUUCAAUUUCUUAUUGAAAAUGAACUGUACACUGUAUCCUUUGUUUAAUACAGACAGCUGUUUUCAAUGAUUCCUUUUUAAUGCCAUUAGUUGGUACUAUUGUUACAUUUCUGCAAAGAAACCGAAAGCUGGUAGAUAACACAUUGUAUUUAACUUUUGGCUUUUUGAUAAUGUCUGAAAAAAUGCCUUCCUCAAAGAAAAUCACGUCUUUUUUAGCUUUCAGUUCUUUCAGAAUGUACCAGAUGAGCUUAGGCUAUUUAGGCCUGCAACCUCUCCUUAUUUAAGGGUUGUAAAUUAUUAAUGCUUUCAUAGACCUAGCGUUUUGAGCUUGUGCAUGACAUUCACAGCUAGUUUCAAAAAUGCUGACCUUUAGUCUACUUGCCUUCUUCUUCAAUGAAGCAGCUGGUAAACAUUUUACACACAGUAAUCUGUUAUAUACUGUAAGUAGGAGAUGGACUGGUGGGCCCCUAUCCUAUCCCAAGCUAACUCUUUGAUGCUGAUCAUGUCAUUUAGCCUAUUUGCUCUCCACUUUUUAUCAAUAUUUGUCUUUUGUAACUGAAGUUAAACUACAAAAGAUAGUUAUGACAUAUACUGUAUGUACAUUUUCACAUAGUAUAUUAAUGUAUAGCAUAUUUUGGUGACCUAAAAAUCACAAAAAAGUAUAUGUAUUUAGCAUUAAAUAGGCUUUAUAGUAGUAUUUCUUAUAAAUAUAUAUAUCGAGCAUUAAUUAAGUAAUUUAUUGGGUAAAACUACUGUCUCACAACUCCAUGGGAUUAGUUUUGAUUCAUAAGCUCAUUCACAAUCGUAUGAGAGGAAAAUGCAGUUCCACUUGUUCCCUUUCAUAAGAUUUUUGGUCUGUUACUGUAGUUCGGAUAGCCCCUGGGUGUGUGCAAAGCAGAGCAAGAGGAAAAGGCCAAGGGGCAAACCCAUGACAUGCUGGAGGGAUAUCUUUUCAGUUUAUUUGAGAAUCCUCCUCAAGAAGAGUUGAAGGAAGUUAUUUAAGCUAAGGAGGUUUGGUAAGCCCAUGUUAGUGUUGUACAACCACAACCUUCAUCAGGAAAAGCCAAAUGAAAAGGAAUGAAUAAACCAACAUACUGUGUAGAUUAGGUUUGAUAAAUUUUAUCAAAGAAAAUAGAAUGACUAUAGCAUUCUAAUAGAAAAUGAUCGGUUAUCAUAAGGAAUAGCUACAGAAUCCAGAUGUAUAUUUUCUUUUUUUUUAAUUCUCUUACCUUUGUUUCGUUAAACAACAUAUCCUUUAUUUACACAUACAUAUACACAUGCUACAUGCCCUUUGGAAAUCUGAAUGUUUUAUUGUGACCUUUCUAAGAGAGAUGCAAUAGGAAAGCCACAAUUUAAAUCUCUCCACAUUGUUUGUAUUUCCUUCCUCCAGCCCCAUUACUCUGGCUUCAACCAGGAUAUCCCCUUUGGCCAAAGCAUUAAGCACUGUUUCUUCCAUAUUCAGUACAAGCAAAUGAGACAGCUGUCCAGAUCUUGAAAUAAUGUGUAUAGCUGUCUGCAGUAAAUGCAGUUGAAACAAAGAAUCUGUUGGAAAGACAAAUAGUGUAUGUUUAAUAUUCGAUGUAUUGUAGAAUAGUUUCAAUAACUUAUUACAUGGGUGAAAAAAUUUGUGUGAGCUUGACUAAAAUAAUUUGUACCCCAAGCUGGAUUAAAAAUAGUACUGCAAUAUUCUUAGCAUUUGUAUUUUAUAGGUGUAGUUUGCAGCUAAGAGUGAUUGUUGGGGGAUAGUCAAAAACAAAAAAGAAAAUUGUUACGUUCAAACUUCGAUGAUGGAUUUCUCUACUUCUGCCAUAAUGUGAGACCCUUAUAAUGUUCUACUUGUCCCUGAAACCAAAAUUACAGUUGUGGACACUGUUCCUAGAUCUUUUACGGUACAACAUAAGUUUUCUACCACACUACAGUUUUAUAGGGUCAUUAUUAUCAUAUGUACUGAGUAUAGUGACUAUGUUACAUAAAAUGACACAUUUAACCCCCCACAUUAAUUUUGUCAAAUAUUUAUUAAACCUUUGUGGAACUGUUAGGAUGAUGCAGUUAUUAAACUUCAGUCAUUUUUGAUCCCAUUCUUGUCAGUUUUUGGCGGUGAAUGAAGAGGUAGGGCAAAGCCAAAUGCUUAGGGUGCCAACCAGGCAAAACCCUGUUUACUAGAACAACAAAAAUAAGAAAGUUAACAAAAAUAUGUGCCUCAGUGUGCCUUUUAGAAAAUACAGUCUCUCUGUCUCUGGAAUGACCAGGUUACUAGCUCUGGCUUACGUCUGCACAGAAGCAAGGUCAGCAUCGAAAUGAGUCGGUGCCUUUCAGGAACAUUCUGGGGCUUCCUUUGCUUCAGUACCCUCAAGGUGCAAUUUCUCAAGUCUGUGAGGGAAAAAAGACAAAUGACUGUUAGCGACAGCGCCCCCUCUCCUCCCGGGGUGUUUCUACUUACUUUAGGUGAACAUGGACGGUGACCCUCUGCCACACAUGCGUAACAGGGGAUUCCAAAUUUUUUAGUAUUUCACUGGUGUACUUUAAUGAUCAUUUGGUUGAAAUGGCCCUUGUUUAUAGUUAGAUAUUUGGAGCUAAUCUUAAAGACCAAAUUUAAACUAUGCCUUUUUCAAACUAUGCUAGUGUAUGAAGAUUUUUAAAGGCAUUUUAAAAACUGCUGUCAUUGACAGAUACAUAAAGUGUAUCAGAUUACAAGCAUGUUCUGGGUACAGCAUGAAAAGUUAAAACCACAAAAAGCAUUAUCUAAAAGCAUUCCCUUGGGAAAUGUCUGUUCAAAAGGCUUUUGUCUGAUUGCCAGUUUUAGUAAAAUGUCUCAUGUAUUUCAAAAUUAUAUCUAUUAUACUGUGUGUCAAAUGUGGUGCCCUUCACCAAGCUGUUAGAUAUAUAUAAAUAAAUAUGCACUGCAUACAAAAGUAAAUUUUACUACCACCUAAUGUACAUUGAUGUGCAAGCCAAACUAUUUGUAACAUUGAAUAACAAAUGAAUAAGGCAAAUAAAAUAUUCAAAAGGCAGCACUUUUAAUGCCAUCAUAAAAGUAUUUAUUUAAAUGUAAUACUUUCUAUCUAUUUAUCAUAAUCAUCAGAAUAAUUAAUGGGACCCAUACCAGGCAAUACAGAGGUUUAUUGUUCAUUUUUACAGUUUUAUCUGCAUUUGCCUUUCACAAAUAAAAGCUAGAAACUGCCAAAUCUCUAUGUUUCAUUCUAAACAGACUUAACGUUUUUCAAUAUAAAACAGAAGCAACUUUUGCAGUUUAUUUUUUACUCUGUUUAUGAUGUAAAUAUGUAUAUAUGUAUGGUGGGGAAACAGUUUGAAAUUGGAUGCAGCUUAUUUCCAACUCUUGGAAAAUUCAAAACCUGUUGUUUUAUUGAUUGAUUGCAGCAAUAUAUAUUUUGAGUAUUUUACAAGAAAAAAAUAACAUUGUAAAAUAUAAACCCAAAUUGAGGCUGAAUAUUGAAUGAUACUAUUAAUUGAUACAAGAUCACCUGUACUAUGUUACAUAAUGUGGAUUUUUUUUUUAUUUUGCAUUUAUUGUAUUUUCAAAUACUUGAAAAUGCAUAUUGUCACACUUCAUAUUUACCUUUUAAAGUCCAAUUCAUUUUUAUUUUAAGUAUAGAAGAUGGAGUAACUCCAGUGGUCUUGGUUCCGGCUUCUUAAAAGUGAGAUUUUUUUUUGGAGAGGGUCACAAGGAUUACUGACACUACGGUAAAGGAAUAAUCAAUUGAAUGAAAAACAAAACUCUUUAAUGCUAUUAGAUACAGAAUAUCAUGUUUCCGUUAAGUAGAGACAUAUGGAUAAACACAUUUUCCUGGGAGUUGGGGGUAUGGGGGGUUAGGGGGGAUCAAGCAGCGCUUACUAUCUUGGCUGAGCCUCACAUAACAGAUGCAUCUCUGCCGCUGUUGUCAGCUGGUUGGAGAAGAACACAAGCCCAUGUCAUUCUGGGAUUCUGUUGGUGUCAGUCAAGAUGAACUCUCUGUCUUAUCCAAUUCAAAUAUCCCCUAUCAAUAAAAGCUGGUAGGAGUAGUGCAUAUUUUCCCUUCAAAAGGCAAGUAGUAAGUCAGAUUUUAAUUUUUUUAUUUAGUAUUUAUUUUACUCACAACAUUAGUUAUAUUACUCCAAGUACAAUCAAACCCACAGCAAUGUAAGGCAUGCCUGCAGGCUCAUUCCUAGCAUCACAGAUGUAAAUCUACAGAGUAAAGUGUGGCACAUUUCUUACACUCUAAGAUGGCAUUUUUGAAAUAUUCAAAGCUCAUAUAGGCAGCUGCUGCUGCCUUGAAUUACGUAGAUAAAUCCUGUGCAAAUUCAGCUUCAUCUGGCCCAUCUUGAUAUUGGAGAUAAAAUGUUAAUAAGAUCCAAGUUAAUGUCUUUUGACCACUUCUAUAAAGGCACUGGAUAUGCUUACCAAACACCUACCUAGUAGGUUAUCUUCAGGGGAUGUGCUGGAUGCCUGAUUCAAUAAUACUACCAUACUUUGAACAUGACAUCUAUACUGAGUACUUUAAUUUUCCUUCAAUACUUAAUUAUGUAAAUAUAUAUAUAGAGAGCCAUGAAAGAAUAAAUCAUGUUGAUUUGAAAUUGCCAAUAAUGAUUAACCGCCUCUUUAUGUUUUUGUAGAUCAUACACCAACAAUCAUGCAAUAAAUCCAAGAUUUCUGUCUAACACAAUAUUACAAUUCCUUCUAUACUCUUUGUACAUCUCACCUCAGUGGCCUCACACUGUCUUCUUUUCCACAACCUUGCUUUAUAGCAGAGUUCAUCCUUUGCGUUGUGUUCACUCACAGCUAAUAGGUCAACAUGUGAAACCUAGUAUAAAAGACAAAAAAUAGCUCAUCUUCAAUAGGACAUCACUUCUGUGACUAUCCCAUAACAGAAUAAGGACCAGGACUUGUAUACUUAAUUAUGUAAAAUAUAUAUUUGUACAAAGUCAACAUGUUUACAAGUAGGACUAUAAGCAAUGCGUUCAAAAGUACAAAUACUUGAAGUGACAUGGAUCUGAGGAAGUAAGGCAACUCUGUUGUUUGGGCUGCAGAAACUGCAGUAGUAUAUCUUUGGAAGAGCAAUGGAAAAUAAUAUAACUAACUUAGCAGGUCUUAGUUGGAGACAAAUGAAUUUGAAAUCACAAUCUUCUAAAAUAUAUGGAGAUGGGUCCAGCAAAUUUAAUUGCAGGUUUUUGUCACUUGCUUUACUGAUAUUAACCAAAGUGUAAGCAGGUGUUAUCACUGACAUAUAAUAUAAAGCCGUCCGCAGCUAGAGUCUAUGGAAUAUAUGACCACAACUCCCAUCUUUUAAAGGCAGUCACACUUUAGUUCACUAGUUGACAUGCACAUUAGUCACCGACAGUUGCAUAGAUGAGCUUUAAAGACUCCUUCCUCCUCUUAAAACUAAUGCAAAAUGGCAAUUACUUUGAGGUUGGUUAAAAUUAAAAUUAGACCUAAAAACACUGCCACCAUUCAUACAAAAAUUAUGACUGGGGCUGCUCCUUUAGUAAGCAGACCCAUACAUUUUAAAUUAGCAUGACAUCACAUCUCCUUUCUUGAAAUAAUAAUGAGAGUAGGAGCCUGUCCAAGACUCCCAUGUUCUUUUUAUGGGUGGUGCAUUGCAAAUCGCGUUAAGUUUUAAAUCAAGUUCUAGCUAUCUAGUUACAUAGUGAUGGUUCUGUCAGUAUCAAAAGUGGUUUUAUUUUAAAUGUUAAAUUAUUAGAAAGUCUUGUACACUUUAUCAUGUACUUUGUACAUGCAAUACUUAUACUCUGUAUUUGGAAGACAAAUUAAUUCUUUCUUAGAAUUAUUGUUGGCAAUUGCAACAAAAAGUGCCCAUUCAAGGAAUGUGAUUGGAUGAAUUAUACUGCAUACUCCACAUUUAACAAAGCACUGAAGGCAACAUGUUUAUGAACACCAGCAUUGUCUCUCCUGCCUUCUGUGCUAAUGUGAUAUGAGGCUCAGCAUGAGAUGGUAAGAAGAAAGACUGCCAACCAUCUUGAGGUCCUAUCAGACAAACCUUGACUGCUCUCCUUGAACUUUAGAGUGGCAUGAAAGGCAAAUUUUUCUGAGGGUUUGGGAAGUACAUUUACAAGUCAGUAAUCUUGUGAUGUCUCCAGAUGACAGGUAAUCCAUUUUGUACUUCUGAAAGUGCCAUUUUGGUACAAUGGUUUUAUUUAGGUGUUUGUAUUAAUGAGUUUAAUCUUGUACAGAUAUAUAAUAACUAAUUUAGCUGCUAGCUGUUAUAUUAAUUUAAAUUCAAUUUUAAAAUGUAAUACUUUCAAACAAAGAAAUGCCUGAUUUUUCCACUGAGUUUUUUAGUAAUAAAAUGUGCAUUUAGAUGUUUGUAUAGUUACAUUUUAUUUGAAAAUUAUUUUUGAAUAUUAUUAAUUAUUUUAAGAAUUUUACAAAAUAUUUGUUGUACUGUAAACACAUUUCUGGUACUCAAAAGGUACUGACAAGGGCAUUGAUGUUUCUUUUAUUUAGAGUGUUUCAUACAGUACAUGAUUGAAUUACGUUUGUUGGUUGUAUGUAGGUUUUAUUGUAUAUUUCCUGUUAACAUUUUGCUAGAGAGAAAAAUCUAGUAUUUGAUAUUUCUGAAAUCUUUAAACUUGCAUAGUAAUUUUCUUGAAACGUUGGAUUAAAAAAUAGUUUUGGAGAUUCUGCAUUUUUAUGGAAAAUUAUGUGAUUGAACGUUUAGAAUUUCUUUUUUAACAACAAAUUGUUCAAAUUUGACUUUUUACUGGAACAUACGAAUAUUAAUGAACAAAAGAUGUCUCAUGCAAUCUCUGUGUCAUUACCAGAGUUUAGUCGCAGUCCUCAAAGAGCUCAGAAAUAUCAAUUAGCUAAUAACCUCACCUAAAUAAUCGUGUAUUUAAAGCUAAUGUUAAGUAUGAUUGUCAGCCUUGCAAGAAAUUCUGGUCAGAUGCAUUUGCCCGUUACACUGGUUUUUUAAAAGUACUUUGAGUUAUUUCAGAUUUUCUUUUAAUUUAUGGUUUUAAAAGAAAGGUAAAAAAUAAGAAGUGCUAUCACAUUACCUAUGUGUUAAUUUUCAAUAAUUUAUUUAAUUUUCUGUUGCCUUAACUAAGCAUGUAGGUGUUAUUUGGUUCCUGGGUUCUGCCAGGGUUCAUUUUAUAAGGCACACUUUGAAUAUAUAUAGAGACAUGGAUAAUAAUUUAGUUGUAAUAUGAAUUAUGUGUUUUUUUAUUUUGUUUCUCCAAUUGGGCUAUUAAUAUGCUGACUAUUGCCAUGAGUUUUGAGGUUUUUUUUUUUAAUAUUUACUGUAUGUGAACAAAGAUUAAUUUAUACAAUUUUUAACAUUAAUAUGGUCUGUGCACUUUCUAAUUCUAGAAAAAUAUUUUUUAUACAUUUAAGGUUUUAAAAAGUGCAUUAUCUGUUGGGUAAUUUUAUUUGUAAAAGGAAUAUUUUCAUGUGUGGCAAACCAGUUGUAAAUAUUUGCAUUUCAAACAUAUUUUCUGUAUUCUGUUAGCAGUCGAACAUACUGCAGCUGAGCAUACCAGCCUUUGAACUUGAAAAAACCAUGUAAUAAACUGAACAGAAUCAA